AUGGACAGAUCAUAUUGGGAUACUUCAUCUAUAUUGGCAGAUGCGGUAAGGAUACCAUGUCAUGUAGCAAGAGAUUGUCCGGGACUAGCACAUCUACAAGGGAAUAAUGAAAACACAAGGAUAGACGUACCUUUUUGGCUUGCAGAAUUGUUGGCAUUACACGGAAUCGUUGAUUUGACAGUACCAAGGCCAUACAGUGCAAGGGUAAGAAAUGCAUUGGACGCAGAAGCAAAGAGUGUUCAAUUACGCAAUCUGAGUGCAUGGUGGUAUGCGAUCGGAAUUCGAUUAGGUUCCUUAAUGGAAGCAGAAGAAUUGUUGAACAAAUUGCAAAAAACCUAUUCGGCCAGAAUCAGGCCAAUUUAUUCUUCCGGUCAACACUUGGCAGCAAGUUCAAAUUUACGUAAAACAUCGGAUGGUCAAUCGGAAUUAAGUACGAAUUUGAACGAUAACGUUGACAGUUUGGGCGCUUAUUCGGCCAUCUCGAUGUCGGCUGACAUGGUAGAAUUCAUCAACGGAUUGGAAGAAGUUGAAACGCAAUUACUCAAAACGGCACAAGAAUCAGUUUCCUAUACCCAAGCAUACCUAGCCAGCGGUCAUUGA